AAUAUAUUUUCUCUUGACAGCCAAACAACAGAUCUGUUUUGUUCUCCAUACAAUAUUCCCUUCUAUCAGCAUCAUUCUGUGCUCUCCUUCUCUCACCACCACCAGUAACAAUUCCCUCUCUCUCUCUCUCUCUCCCACACACACCUAUUCCGCCGCCGCCACCACCAUUGCUAUGGCUGAACAGCAUUCAUCACCUCCGCCACCAUCGCCACCACCACCACCACAAGAGAUGAAGACGAAGACAUAUGAACUAGCCGCGCACUCCAUAUUCUAUGCUAAGCCCACCGCCGUCCACCCCUUGAAGCUGCUCCUGCACCCGUGCCGGCCCUCCCCUCCGCCGCAUUACAUCCUCCGCGACGUGUCCCUCACCGCCCGCCCCGGUGAGAUCCUUGCCAUCGUUGGCCCCAGCGGUGCCGGCAAGUCCACUCUCCUCGACGUCCUCGCCGCCCGCACCGCCCCCACCGCCGGCUACCUCCGCCUCAACUCCUCUCCCCUACACCCCGCCUCCUUCCGCCGCCUGUCAGCCCACGUCCCCCAGCACGACGCCUCUCUCCCUCUCCUCACCGUCUUCGAGACCUUCGCCUUCGCCGCCCGCCUCCUCCUCCACCGUUGCCACGCCUCCGCCAUCAUCGCCUCCCUACUCGCCGACCUCCGCCUCUCCCGCGUCGCCCACACCCGCCUCUCCGGCAACCUCUCCGGCGGCGAGCGUCGGCGGGUCUCCAUCGGCCUCAGCCUCCUGCGCGACCCCUCCGUGCUCCUCCUCGACGAGCCCACCUCCGGUCUCGACAGCUUGUCGGCGCACCUCGUUCUGCAGUCCCUGCGCAGCGUCGCCGCGUCCCGCUGCACCACCGUGGUCCUCUCGAUCCACCAGCCCAGCUCCCGCCUCCUCUCCUCCAUCGACUCCCUCCUCCUCCUCUCCAACGGUUCCGUCAUCCACCACGGCUCUCUCUCCUCCCUCGACCGCUUCCUCCUCUCCUCAGGCUUCUCUGCACCUUCCCAGAUCAACCCCCUCGAGUUCGCCAUGGAAGUGCUCCACCAACUCCCCCACCCAACCACCGCUACCGUUAAAGCACAACGAGCUUCCGCCGCUAAGCUAAAAGAAUCAAAGAUCGAAGGAGAAGAAGAACUCUCCGUCCACUAUUCCAGCUCUCGAGUUCGAGAGAUUGUUACGCUCUACGGUCGCUGCUGGAAGCUGGUGUACCGCACCAAGCAGCUCCUCCUCGCCAACACUCUCGAGGCCCUCAUCGUCGGCUUCCUCCUCGGCACCAUCUACAUCAACGUGAGCUUCGACGACGAGGGCAUGGCGAAGAGACUCGGCCUCUUCGCCUUCACCCUGACCUUCCUGCUCUCCACCACCACCGAGACGCUCCCAAUCUUCGUCGAGGAGCGCCCCAUCCUGCUCCGCGAGACCUCCUCCGGCCUCUACCGCCUCUCUUCCCACCUCAUCGCCGGGACUCUCGUCUUCGUACCCUACCUCCUCGCCAUAUCCCUCCUCUACUCCGUCUCCGUCUACUUUCUCACCGGGCUGUGCGCCUCCUGGUCCGCGUUGGCCAACUUCGUCCUCAUCGUGUGGGCGCUGGUCCUCACCGCCAACUCCUUCGUCCUGUUCAUCAGCUCCCUCGCGCCGGACUACAUCGCCGGGACGUCGCUGGUGACGGUAUCCCUGGCGGGGUUCUUCCUCUUCUCUGGCUACUUCAUAGCCAAGGAGAACAUGCCGGAGUACUGGGCCUUCGCGCACUACCUCUCCCCAUUCAAGUACGGGUUGGACGCACUGCUCGCGAACGAGUACGGCUGCCAUGCGAACCGGUGCUUCGCGUGGGCGGGGCAGGAGAUGGGAGGGGCGUGUCUGGUGACAGGAAGAGACGUGUUACAGCGGCGGGGAUUGAAGGAAGGAGAAGGGUGGGCGAACUUGCAGGUGCUGUGGGGGUUCUUCGUCUUCUACCGCCUGCUCUAUUGGAUUGUUCUUCGCAGGAGAGCCUCGGCAUCCAAGAAAUGAAGCAAACAGCUACGGAAAGCUCGGAUUAGCACCAGUAGACGAGGUAUAUGUUGCAUGAGAGAAGAGGAGCUCAAAUACGCGCAUGUGUCCAACGGAUUACACUUCGUUACUUUCUUUCUCUUCUUUCAACUCAACUCAUUUGUGUCACUGUUAACUGCAUGCUGAUGACUUGCAUUCAAGAACAAGUUCUUCUCCUCA